AUGUAUCAAGUUCAGGAAUAUCAUCUCCCUCCAACCGACCUCAUCCCAAACUCACCAAGACCGCUUCUGCACUAUAAGAAUGUCUUAGCCAAAACCCGUAACAACACGCAAUGCGAUCCAGCAGAAGUCUGGCAGACAUUCACCAAGAAUGGAUGGAACGUCGAAUGGAUCUUUCGAUACGGCUCCACGCAAUCAUCGCAUUUCCACUCAGAGGCUCACGAGUGCAUGGCAGUCCUUUCAGGCACAGCGACUAUCCGCUUUGGUGUCGCCGAUACAUCAGACGAUCUUCAAGAAAGCACAUACGGCUCAGCUUGGGAGAAAGGCGGUGUUUUACUUGAAGCUGAAGCUGGAGACGUGUUCAUCAUUCCAGCGGGUGUAGCGCACAAGACGCACAAUACUAAGCCUGAGGCAGAGUUCAAGCUUAUGUCACCUGGUGUUGGACACGGGAUUGAAGCUGAUGAUCCGCAGAAGGCGUUGAAGGAGGUUGAGUUAUCGGGAUUUUGCAUGAUGGGAGCGUAUAAUGGCGGAGAGUGGGACUUUGUCAAGAGUGGUGGUGAUUAUGGAAAGUCUUGGAAGGUACCCAAGCCAGACCGUGAUCCUGUGUUUGGAAAGGGUGAAGGGCUUGUGAAGAUUUGGGCUGGCGAUGAUAAGGUUGCUGAUUCUGAGAUUAUCCAUGUGGAGAAUAGGGAACACCAAAACAAGAGCUCCAAACUAUAG